CACAACACUCAUGGUGAUCCACUUUAGCACUUCAAAAAUCUCUACUUCUACUACUUCCUCUUGGUGGCUUAGAGGCAAGGUCAUAGGCAGAGGCUGCUUCGGCACCGUUAACGUCGCCGUCAACAAAUCUAACGGAGAUCAUAUCUUCGCCGUUAAAUCUGUUAAUCUUGCCACUUGUAUCCCUCCUCAGCUCGACUCGUUGGAAAACGAAAUCCGUAUCCUCCGUUCUGUCUCGUCACCACACGUCGUGAGGUUCCUCGGGGAUGACGUGACCCGAGAAGGAACCGGGUUGUUCCGUAACCUUCAUCUUGAGUACAUGCCACGUGGAACUCUCGCUGAUAUAGCAGGUCAAAACCUUGAGGAAGAUAUGAUCCGACGGUUCACGCGGUGCUUGGUCUCUGCGUUGAAGGACGUCCACACGUGCGGCUUCGUCCACUGCGAUGUGAAGGCGAGAAACGUUCUACUUGGAGAAGAACCCGGUUCUGCUAAGCUCGCUGAUUUUGGUUCCGGUUUAGAAAUUCAAACCGGAAACCAAACCGGGUGCGAGGCACGUGGUAGUCCUCUAUGGAUGGCGCUGGAGGUAAUUCGCGGCGAAUGUCAAGGCCCAGAGAGCGACGUGUGGUCUCUUGGCUGUACGAUCAUAGAGAUGGUCACCGGAAAACCACCGUGGAUCGAAGACGGCGCUGAAAUUCUGAGAACGAUCGGAUUCUCCGACGAGUUACCGAAACUUCCGGCGAGAUUAUCGGAGAUCGGACGGAACUUUCUGGAAAAAUGUUUGAGGAGAGAUGCGAGUGAGCGAUGGAGUUGCGAUCAGCUGUUGCAACAUCCUUUCCUCUUGUGUUCUGCUUUGUCGGAAUCUCCGCGGCAUGUAUUCGACUGGGUCGACUCGGUGUUCAAGGAAGAAGAAGCAGCGGUGAGUGAGCAUGUGUCCGAGUCGAGUUCGAGUCUCGCCAGGGAGAGGAUCGGUAAUUUAGCGACGAGCGGAGGGGUAAUCUGGGAAUCUGAUGGUUGGUUGGUGGUUAGAGGUUCUGAGACACGUCAGCUUGUUCCUGAUUCUUCAUGUACGGAACCCGUAACGGUGAGGAAUCAGACAAGUUCAUCGUAUGGUUAUCAGCCAACGUGGCAAAUAGUUAAAGUGAAGAUGAUACUUUGCCCAAACAAAAUUAGAUAUCUGUGGUGGCAGUUUUGUAAAUACGUGAAAGCCAAACGUACGGACGUGAAUGCACUGCCGCAAUGGUGCUGUUGUGGUGUGCCUCAAAACACGGCCGACCUGGCGAUAAUAGUCGUAUGUAGCAUAUUGUUGUAUAUGUGUUGUGCCCAAAGGUUCAUAAAUAAAAUCUUCUAUGUUGGCAAUUUUUGUUCUCUAUAA